AUGAAUCCUGUUAAAUGGCUUCUCAGAAUACUCCUUGUUUUCCUUCUUUCUCACUACUCCUUUUCCGUUGACACAAUAACGCAACAUCACUUCAUCAAAGAUAACAACGAUGAAGUCAUAGUGUCUGGUGGCAAGAUUUUUGCACUUGGAUUUUUCAGCCCCGGAAGUUCCAGGAAUCGAUAUGUUGGCAUCUGGUAUCACCAGAUUCCGGGCAAGACAGUUGUUUGGGUGGCUAACAGAGACAAUCCCAUUAACGAUACCUCGGGGAUUCUCAGAAUCGAUGGUCGAGGAAAUCUUGUCUUGUUCCAGGGAAACCAAACAGUACCUGUUUGGUCUACAAACAUCUCCAUCGCAGGCACUAGGAACAUCAUUGCUCAAAUUUUGGAUUCGGGAAAUCUUGUUUUGAUUCGGAAUGAUUCCAGAAAGACGGUCCUGUGGCAGUGUUUUGGUUAUCCUACAGAUACUUGGCUUUCAUUUAUGAAAAUUGGGUUCAAUUUGAGAACCGGUCUGAACCAAUCAUACACGUCUUGGAAGUCUCCGGAUGAUCCAGGGGUUGGAAACUAUUCCUUCAGGAUGAACCCGGGCGUGUCUCCUCAAAUGGUUUUCUACAAGGGUUCGGUUCCUCUGUGGCGAAGCGGGACAUGGACGGGUCAAAGAUGGAGUGGUAUACCUCAAAUGACAAAUAACUUCAUAUUUAAUGAUUCCUUUGUCAACACUGAUGAUGAAGUAUCGUUCUCCUCCGAUGCAAAGAAUGCCUCCAUCAUAACAAGAUGGGUAGCGAAUGAAACCGGAGUUACACAAAGAGUAAUCUGGAACAAUAAUGCUCAACAUUGGAUUUAUUUAACUAUUCCGAAGGAACAGUGUGAUUUUUACGGGCAUUGUGGGCCAAAUGGUUACUGUAAUCCUUAUGUAGGCGAUUUCGAGUGCACAUGUUUCCCAGGAUUCGAACCCAAAUCGAAAGAAGCAUGGAUUGUAAGAGAUAGGACAGGAGGAUGUGUGAGGAAGCGUGGUGUCUCCAUGUGUGGAAAUGGAGAAGGGUUCGUCAGGUUUCCACAUGCGAAGGUGCCAGAUACUGCGGCAGAUGCACUUGUAGACAUGAGUAUAGGAUUGAAGCAAUGCGAGGAAAAGUGUCCGAGAAAUUUUUCAUGCAUAGCUUAUGCUAGUGCAAACUCUGAAACCAACGGAGGGGUUGGCUGCUUGACAUGGCAAGGAGAUUUGAUGGAUGCCAGGGCAUACACCGAGACGGGACAAGAUCUAUACAUACGAGUCGAUAAAAACGAUUUAGAAAGGUCUAAUCCAAAAGAAGAGAGUGCUUGCGGCUAUUGCAGUUUCUUCUGCUAUAGUGUUUCUCGUUCUUGUUGCCUUCAUGUGUUGCUUGGUACUAAAGCAAAGAAGAGAUUUGAUAUUGAGAAAUUUGAUGGGAGAAUUAAUUUUGGGUUGUGGCAAGUACAAGUCAAGGAUAUACUAAUCCAGUCUGGAUUGUAUAAGGCCUUAAAGGGAAAGCCAGCUUCUUUGUUCGAAGGAAAGGAACCAGAUAAACCUAGUGACAGCAGUGGAGACAAGGGAAAAUCCAAGAUGAGUGAAGAAGAAUGGGAGGAGUUAGACAUGAGAGCAGCAAGUCAGAUUCGUCUCUGUCUAGCCAAAAAUGUUCUUGCUAAUGUUGCUAGAUGGUCAUCAACAAAGGAGCUUUGGGAAAAUCUUGAGGAAAUGUACAAAGCUAAAAGUCUUUCAAAUAGGUUAUAUUUGAAGGAGAAAUUUCACAAAUUGCAAAUGGAAGAAGGUACAAAAAUUUCUGACCACCUUAGUGCACUCAAUGGGAUUGUUUCUGAAAUGGAAUCUAUUGGAGUGGAGAUUGAUGAUGAAGAUAAAGCAUUGAGACUUAUUUGGUCUCUACCAUCUUCCUAUGAGCACAUGCAAACCGUUUUAAUGUACGGGAAAGAGAAUGUGAAUUUUUCAGAAGUGACAAGUAAGCUGAUUUCGGAAGAAAGAAGGCUGAAAAAUGGAGAGAACAAAUCUUCUGAAAGUGAAGCAUUGUCGGUUUGUGGAAAUAGGAAGAAGUAUAAAGGCUCCAAAAAGAAAAUUAUCUGCUGGGGAUGUGGGCAACCUGGACAUCUAAAGAAGGAUUGCAAAAACGGUGGAGCUAAUUCGGCCAAUGGCUCCAAAAGUGAUGCUACUAAUGUAGUCGUCUUUGAAAAUGAAGACGAUGAAUUUGCUUUUUAA